AUGCUUGACAACUUCAUCCAAUUGGUGUUGGGCACCAUCUCGCUCGGCAAGCUUUUAUUUGCCAUUCUCUCUGCUGCUGGCCUGAGUUAUGUGGUGUAUCAAGUCCAGUUCCAUCCCUUAGCAGCCUAUCCCGGUCCUUUCUUGGCCAAAUUGACCAACCUAUACUCGGUGGUACACGCCAUGCGUGGCGACCGACAUGAGGAUUUGUAUAAACUGCAUCAACGCCAUGGCCGAAUCGUCCGCAUUGGACCUAACCGCGUGACUAUCCUCGAUGCGCGAGCUCUUGAGCCCAUCUAUGGCCAUCAAGCCAACGUGCAGAAGUCGCAAUGGUACCACAGUUUCUACAGCGUAAGUAUCUUCAACGCCAUUGACCGCAACGUACACGCGCGCAAGCGCCGGGUGAUGUCCCAGGCAUUCUCCGACCACGCUCUGCGGGGUAUGGAGCCGCACAUUCUGUCCGCCAUCCGCGACUGGUGUCUGGCGUUGGGAGACGAGCAUUCCAACCAGAGUCAAGGCAAGCAGAGUCAGGCCAGCAGCAGCAGCAGUGGCGGCGGCUGGUCGCGCCCCAAAGACAUGGUGCACUGGAGCGCGUGCCUGAUCUUCGAUGCCCUUGGGGAGAUCUGCUUUGGAAAGACAUUCAACACCACCCGGAGUGACGAGAAUACCUUCUUCUUCCGCUUGAUGGCUGUCAACGUACGCAUCUUGAAUAUUUGUGGCCAGAUGCCCCUGCUCCGUCGCAUUGGCUUCGAUCAGUACCUGCGAAUGGGGACUGCCGGCGACCGGGAGCGUCAGAUCGCUUUCUCUCGCCAACAAUUGAGUACGCGAUUGGCGGCUAAUCCCACGGAGCGGCGAGACAUCAUCUACUAUUUGCAACAGGCCCGCGACCCGGAAACCGGGGAAGGAUAUUCCACGCAGGAAUUGAUCAGCGAAUCGACCUUACUGUUAGGCGCGGGGGCCGAGACAGCCAAUACAGCGCUGGCCUCGACAUGGUUCUUUCUCGCGCACCACCCCGCCAUCCGCCAGCGCCUGACGAACCUGAUCCGGGCACACUUCGCCUCGCUGGAAUCCAUCGUCUCCGGACCCGCCCUCUCCAGUGGGAAGAUGGGAUAUCUCCGGGCCUGUAUCGAGGAAAGCAUGCGGCUGUGCCCCCCGGUGCCCAUGGAUCUGCCGCGCGAGGUGCUCCCGGGGGGUCUGCAGGUGCUGGAAUGGGAGUUCCCCGCCGGAACUAUCGUGGGGGUCCCGACCUACUCUCUGCAUCACUCCCCGGAACAUUUUGACCGCCCUUACGAGUAUGACCCCAAUCGGUGGAUGCUGCGCGGGACCGAGGCCGCCGACGAGGGUGUUGGGGUCUCGCCCGAGGUCAUGGCCCGCCAACGCGCCGCUUUUGUGCCGUUCAGCCUCGGGCCUCGCGCGUGCAUUGGUCGCAACGUGGCUAUGCUCGAGCUGGAGGUCAGCGUCGCGCGUGUGCUGUGGUUGUAUGAUCUGCGAUUGGCCCCCGGGAUGGAGCAUCUCGGAGUCGGGCGAGAGGGCGAGUACAAAAUGAAGGAUAAUUUCAUCGUGGGCAAGGAAGGCCCCAUAUUGGAAUUUCGGAAGCGGGAAUGA